GUGUUCGCCUCAACGUUUAAAACCCUGUUUAUUUAAACAAAGAUAACGUUAUUCGAUAUUUCUAAAACUAUAUAAUAUGUACAUGCAGUUAUAGCACAUAAUACUAUAGUAUAAGGGUAAAAUUAGACCUCUGACAAACCAGGAAAUACGAGUUUGAGGACAACUGCGUAGUUUCACUUUCAUUCACGUUACAGAUUGGAUAUCUCGUGCAGGUUUGUUCGAAGCUUUUCUUCGCCUAUUUUAAUUAAUGUCGUAAAUUCGUGAGCGCAUAUAUGUCCCUUUGUGACGUCUAAACAUCACACACUAUCUCAUGUGUGUUAAUCAAGUAACAAGAGCACAUAUCCUAAUUAAACAUUCAGAAAGCUGACGUUAAACUCAUAUUUUCCGCCAUGUUAUUAUUCGCAAAGUAUUUUUAUUGUACACCAGUAGCUUUGUUCUGUGCUCUUUUUGCUGGCAACCAUGCCAUGACCGUCAACAUGAACAAAACCGUGCUGCCUUUUCCCUGGGAUAAGAUGAGGUUACCAGAAAUUGUCAAACCCCAGCAUUAUGACCUCCUCAUACACCCUAACUUGACCUCUCUUACGUUUACUGGAGAGGUUCAGAUCCAAAUAGAGGUAAAACAGGACACCAGAUCCAUCAUCCUUCACAGCAAGAACCUCCAGAUCUCCAAAGCUCGUCUUUUAGGCUCCAGACAUCAUCAUCAUCAGGAUCUUCAGAUCAGUGAGUUUGAAGCCAAUGAGCAAAUUGCACUCAUCUCUGAAGGCUUCACUUUUGAGAAAGGAAGCCAUGUGGUGCAUUUGGAGUUCUAUGCCAACUUAUCUGACAGCUUCCAUGGCUUUUAUAAAGGCCAAUACACUACAAAUAGAGGGGAGGUUAGGAUGUUGGCGUCCACUCAGUUUGAGCCGACACAUGCUCGAGCUGCCUUUCCUUGUUUCGAUGAGCCUGCAUUCAAAGCCAACUUUACCAUCCGCGUGCGCAGAGAAUCAAGGCACAUAUCCAUCUCAAACAUGCCCAAGCUGAGAACUGUAGAGCUGGCGGACGGGAUUCUGGAGGAUCAAUUUGACACCACGGUAAAGAUGAGCACCUACCUAGUGGCCUUCAUCAUCAGCGAUUUCGACUCCAUCAGUAAAAAAAGCCAGCAUGGAGUUGAGAUAUCAGUGUAUACAGUUCCUGAGAAGAUCGGUCAAGCAGAGUAUGCUCUCGACACCACCGCCGUCACAAUGCUCGACUUUUAUGAUGAGUAUUUUGACAUCCCGUAUCCGCUUCCCAAACACGAUCUCGCGGCCAUCCCGGAUUUCCAGUCAGGUGCUAUGGAGAACUGGGGUCUGUCGACGUACCGAGAGUCCGGUUUACUCUUUGACCCAGAGAAAUCUUCUUCCUCUGACAAAUUAGGCACCCAAGUCAUCGCUCACGAACUAGCCCAUCAGUGGUUUGGAAACCUGGUCACAAUGCAGUGGUGGAACGACCUGUGGUUAAACGAGGGCUUUGCCAAGUUCAUGGAGUAUGUGUCCGUCAACAUCACUCACCCUGAGCUGCAAGUGAAUGAUUAUUUCCUGGAGAAGUGCUUCACCGCCUUAUCUGUGGACUCUUUGAGCUCCUCACACCCCGUUUCCACUCCAGUGGAGAAUCCCGCAGAGAUCAGCGAAAUGUUUGAUGACGUUUCCUAUCGGAAGGGCGCGUGUAUCCUGAAUAUGCUGAGGGAUUUUCUGACUCCGGAGGUGUUCAAGUAUGGUAUUAUAAAUUACCUGAAGAAACACAGCUACCAGAACACAGUCAACGCACACCUCUGGGAGAGUCUUACCAAUAUCUGCACUUCAGAUGGAUUGGAUUCAGGGAGACUAAAACUUGACGGAUUCUGCUCCAAAAGCACGGCUGAAACGCCAGCCUCUAAGUGGUUCAAGGAGGACAGUGUUGACGUUGGAGCCAUCAUGGACACCUGGACUCUGCAGGAGGGCUUUCCGUUAAUCACUGUGGAGGUCAAAGGUCAAGAGGUCACUCUUAAACAGGAGCGCUUCCUGAAAGGAGCAGAAUCUUCAAAUUCAUCAAGCUUCCUGUGGCAGGUUCCUCUGACGUACAUCACCAGCGGCAGUAAUGCAGUGCAGCGUUUCUUGCUGAAAACUGAAAGAGAUGUGUUUUACCUGCCAGAGAAGGUGGAGUGGAUUAAAUUCAACGUGGAUCUGCGAGGAUAUUAUAUUGUGCAUUAUGAGUCUGGAGGCUGGGAUUGUUUGAUUAAGCAGCUCCGAAUGAACCACACUGUGUUCAGCAGCAACGACAGAGCCAGUCUCAUACAUGACAUCUUCCAGCUGGUCAGCGUUGAGAAGGUCCCUCUGGAUAAAGCUCUGAAUCUGAGUUUGUAUCUCAGUAAAGAGUCAGAGAUCAUGCCGGUGACGCAGGGCUUCAGUGAACUGGUGCCGCUUUACAAACUCAUGGAGAAGAGAAACAUGCAGGAACUGGAGAACCAGCUCAAGGGUCAUCUAGUGAAGUUAUUCCAGCCGCUGAUUGACCGGCAGAGCUGGUCUGAUGACGGGUCUGUGUCCGAGCGGAUGCUUAGGAAUUAUCUGCUGCUCUUUGCGUGUGUCCGCCGCUACCCGUCCUGCGUCAGCACCGCCACACAGCUCUUUCACAAAUGGAAGGAGUCUGAUGGCAAAAUGUGGCUUCCUACCGACGUCAGUUUGGUGGUCUACACUGAAGGGGCGCGAACAGACGAAGGCUGGGACUUUUUGUUAGAGAAAUACAAGCGAUCCGUCUCUCCAUCAGAGAAGUGGAUGAUUAAAGCUGCCCUCUCGUACAGUCCGUUAGCUCACAAGCUUCAGUGGCUUUUGGAAAGAAGCAGUGAAGGAGAGAUCAUGAAAACUCAAGACCUGCCGUCGAUGCUAAUCAGCGUCAGUAAAAACCCCAAAGGUUUCAAACUGGCCUGGGACUUCCUGAAAAGCAACUGGGGGAAACUUGUGAAAAAGUUUGAUCUGGGCUCGUCAGCAAUAUCUCGUGUGGUCGUCGGAGUCACCGAUCAAUACUCCACCAAAGAAAUGCUUGAUGAGGUGGAGUUGUUCUUUGGGUCUCUGGCGCAGGAUCAGGGCUCCGGGCUUCGCAGUAUUCAGCAGGCUCUGGAGAAAAUCCAGCAGAACAUCCUCUGGAUGGACAGGAACAUCCCACUGCUCAAAGCCUGGCUGGACCAUCACAGUCCAUGAUGCUCCAGAAAGUGUGUUCAGCUGUGUGUGAAUGACAUAUCAGGACUCAAAUCUGGAUGUCAUACAGCAGGUAUGACACUGGUAUUACAGGAAGGUGAAAUAUGAGGACGUCAGCAGUUCUCCAAAAGCUUACAAAUCACACAGAAUGAGUAUUUUACAGGAAGUAAAACUGUGUGUUCCUGUGAGGGUUGGGGUUUAGGGUUUAUGGUGGGGUUAGGGAAAUAUAAAAUACACUUUGUACAGUACAAAAACAAUGGAAACCUAUGGAACGUCCCCAUUUACAGCGGUUUCACACUGCAAGCAUAACUGCACUGUUGUAGAACAUCCACAGCGGCUCCAAACAAGGCUUUACGUGAAGCACUCACACAAUCUACAAUAAAGACCUCCUCAUUUUUCUGUGCUGACCGCACCGAAUGCACUUUUCUGUUCUGAGAACGACAGGCACACUGCACUGGCUUUUUUCACUGUGUGCUGUGCUUUUUAUUUUAAUGGGAUGCAGGGAAGUAGCUGCUUUUUAAUAAUAUUGUGAUAUUCAGGAUUGGUGAAGUCCCACAGCUCCGCAUCAGUCGAAACUGCGACCGAUAGUUUCCAUUCCGUCUUUAAAAGUCUCCGUAGUCGUCUUGACAACACAAACACUGCACUCAUGUCAACAGAAACCCCGCCUCUGCUUUCAUUUGAUUGGAGAAUCUAAAAUACGCUACUGAUGUGUAGUGCGUUUAUUCCGCUUAAAGUUUACUUUCUUUUAAUCUGGACACGCAGCUCAAAACAGAAACUUGCAAAUUGUCGUCCCACAUCCGAGCUCUUGUGAUUGGCUCACUGCUGUGGAACUGACAGUGAUGAGCACCGCCGCAUGAGAAAGUUGUCGAUCUUUUAACUUGACACAGCGUCUAAAAACAUCGUGCUCACGUGCGCGGCGCUUCAUAUAAUUCAAGAUGUGAGCGUAACGGUCACACACACAUCCAUCAAGUGCGUUCACAUUGAAAAACAAUAGAAAAGUACCAUGUUCUGUGUGAACGGCCCCUAAGACUGCAUUUUGACAUUAUUAACAUUUAACUCCUAAGAUAUUUUUCCAGAAUUCCUUUAUUAUCAUCACAUUAAUAUUGUUUGCUGGAUAAUGGUGUCUUUAUGGUAAAUUAAACUGGCAUUUAAGUUAUUUAGUAAAACGUGAACCCGCAUACCCCUCAGUGCAGUUGCGUAUCGCAGACGUGUCUGAUCACAUUACAUUUAUAAUGCAUUGGUUAUCUAAAUUUCUAAAGUCCAAUCAGAUGGGGCCUUACUAUCUUAAGCCCUGCCUCCCCAGUAAUUGCUGCUCUGCUAUUGGCUUGGCUAAACUGGACUGACAGUUCCAAUUUCCUACAACUUCUAAAGCGCUAUAGAAAUAAAGAUGAAUUGAAUUGGAGCAGCCCAAAGCUAAACUCAGAGCUAAAAAUGGCAGGAAUUGAGGUGUGUUUUUUUUUAAAUACACCAUACUUGGACCCAAAUGGAAUAAUUAAAAACCUAUUUAGCCUCACAUUUCAGAUCUGCAACAACAGUUCUUGUUAAACACACCAGACAUGAUGCUUAUCUGUGCAUUUAUAGAAUGUUUUGAGUGAAAUCAGAUUUAUUUGUGGAAAUCAAAAGUGCUCUGUUGGUUUAAGCCCUCCCAAUGUGUUCACACUGAACAAAACACACACACACACACACACACACACACACAGCUCACGCUUGCAGUGUGAAACCGCAGUUUUCUGGACACAUGGAAGUGCCUUUGAAUUGGCUCCGUCAUGCUGAAUAUGCGAGCAGAUUGUAACAGGAAGUGUAAAUAAUAAAUUAUUUUAUGAAACCAACUAAAGCAUAGUUUGAUGAUGUCAAAUCAUAGGAGUUCUGGGUCAUUGAUUUCUGGAAAUGUACAUAUUCAUAAUGACUGCAUGCUAUAUUCAGUGUGUGUUUAAUCACGCUUCAUGAGUUCUAAUUUUGAUGUGAUGAAUAUGACACACUGAGCUCAAUCGUAUGCUUGCAUCAACUGAAAUGCUUAGUAUUAUUUACUGGGAGCGCAAGGUGUCAACAGAUAAGGCUGAUUUAUACUUCUGCGUGCUACGGCGCACCCUAUGCGUGGACGCAUAGCCCCUCGCCGUGGCCGUCACUGACGUGCACCUCUCAUCAAGGAUCCUCAGGACUGCAACAAGUCUAAAACCCAGGGUCUGUCAUGGUAUGGGGUUGUGUCAGUGCCCUUGGCGAUGGUAACUUGCACUAUGAUGCAUCAUUAUUGCUGAAAAGUACAUAGGGGUGUUGGAACACAAUAUGCUGCUGCCUUUGUGGGGAAAGUGGAUAAAGGUACUUGACUGGCCUGCCUGCAGUCCUGACCCGUCUCCAAUAGAGAAUGUGUGGCGUAUUUUGAAAACACAGUACUGUUGCCAGCCUUAAGACUUGUUUGCAAGAAGGAUGUGACAAGAUUACACCUGAAACACUGUCCUAAACGUCUUGUAAGUGUUGUAAACAGGAAUAGCAACAUUACAAAGUGCUAAAUGCUUUACCGUUUGUUGAAAUGUGUUGCAGGAAACUGGAAUAUGUGUUUAUUUUUAAACACAACAAUAAAAAAGCAACACAUUAA